UCUUACCUUCCUUCCAUCUUUUCUCGGUCUCGGACGCCAGUAGAGAGUGGAAAAAGGAAUACUCUCCUCCCGCCGUUUAUUUUUACCUUUUACCUCUCCUUGUCUCUCUAUAUUUCUCUUCUAUUCUUUCCUCAUCUCCAAGAAUAAGGAUUUGGGAUUUAGAGAUCGAGAGCCGUCUCCAAUGGCGUACGUGGACCACGCGUUCUCGAUCUCGGACGACGACAUCAUGAUGGAGACGUCGUAUGUGGUACAGAACCGGCCUCCUAUCAAGGAGAUCGGCCUCGCCGUCUCCCUCCUCGUCUUCGGCACCCUUGGCAUCGUCAUCGGCAUCUUCAUGGCCACCAACAAGGUCGGCGGCGACCGAGCCCACGGGGUUUUCUUUGCGAUCCUGGGGUCGAUGCUCUUCAUACCGGGGUUCUAUUACACGCGGAUCGCCUAUUAUGCUUACAAGGGGUACAAGGGCUUCUCCUUCGCCAACAUACCGCCGGUUUGAGGGGUUUUCUUUGCUUGGGAGCUGCCUUCAGGUGUUGUUGUCAUGGCUUGUCGUGUGUACAGAUCUCGUCAUGUAGCCUGCCCUCUUCCUUUCCUUUUCUUGUUGUACUUAUGUUUGAAUAAUCUGUUGUGCGAAUCUAGUUGAAUACGCGAGAAUGAGAUUUCCUGUCAGUUUGUUUCUUUC